GUCACUGUCGCGGAGACGGAGAAGGAUAAGAAGAGAACCGUACGAUACCGCUCACAGAAAUACCCAGUAUGAAGGAUCAUCGAGGAGGAUGGCUGCACGCCGUGCUACCUCUGAUAACGUUCCUCUUGCAUCAGACAGAAUGCGCGGCCAAGAACGGAAGAUCUGUAGUGGAGCACCAUCCGUCCUCUUACUGGGAACAACCCUUUAGUCAGCCUUACUUCGACAACACGACAAAGAGGGAGACCACAACCACCGUUGGGCAAUCCGCUUACCUGCACUGCAGGGUGCGCAAUCUUGGCGAUCGUGCGGUCUCAUGGAUCAGGCAGCGAGAUUUGCACAUCCUCACUGUCGGCAUCCUAACAUACACGAACGACCAACGUUUCCAAUCGUUGCACAGCGAUGGCAGCGAUGAGUGGACCCUGAAAAUCAGUUCACCGCAAGUGCGAGACAGCGGAAUCUACGAAUGCCAGGUCUCGACGGAGCCCAAAAUUAGUCAAGCUUUCAACUUGAGUGUAGUUGUCUCGAAGGCAAAGAUCAACGGCAAUUCGGAGCUCUACAUCAAAAGCGGAAGCGACAUCAAUCUGACCUGUAUCGUAUUGCAAACGCCGGAACCACCAUCCUUCAUCUAUUGGUACAAAGGCGAUAACGUGAUAAACUACAGCCAACGCGGGGGCAUUAGUGUCGUGACGGAAAAGCAAACGCGAACGUCACGUCUUCUGAUCAGCAGAGCGCUGCCAGCCGAUUCCGGCAAUUACACUUGUGCGCCAUCCACAGCCGAGUCAGCUAGCGUUCUUGUCCACGUGCUCAAUGGAGAGCAUCCGGCGGCUAUGCAACACGGGAACUCUAGCAAUAGCGGCGCGGCCACGCGGACGCUUGCGUUGCUCCUGUUGCUCCUGCACGCCGGCUCCUUCGCGAGGUGACUGGUCGAUCACGAGACACUGCAGUAAGAGAGUAACGGCCCAUAGUUUCACCCAAACAAGAUCGGGACGACGACGAGGGUGGUGCGGAAAAGGAGAGACCAGGAAGGGAAGGACGAACAGGAGCACCAUCCGCGCUAACCAUCAUCUACUAGACUCUAUAAAUCAGCUCGAUCUUCUUUCCGCAUUGCAAUUGGCUCGCCAGGAUAGGAAAGUGCGCGGAGAGAAAACAGAGAAGACAAUGUGAGGCAACUGUUAGCAGCUGCAACCGCGUGUAAGAGAGCUUCACUGGCUUUGCUCUCGCUUCCGGAGCACGAACUCGGGGCCGGCCCUGUCCGGCUCACGUUUCCUUAAAGCAACUUUCGUGCCCCACAUGUUCUAUGUCUCACCGUACUAUGCUGCAACAAUCGAAAAUAGCGACGUGUAGAUCCGAGACGAUGUGUGAAUACGGGAAUGUGUAAACUAGGUAACGACAGGGUGAAUUCUCUUCUUGAGAAUAAGCGACGUUCCAAAGGACGAAUGAUUUCUCUCAUGUCGACAUUCGCGACGGCGGAAUUAGCAUUUCUUUUCCCCGGGCGCGGUAGAUCGCGUAGAUAGCGUAGAUCGUGGAGAUCUAUUGGCGAACACAGCUGACUGUCGUGAAUUUCAAGAGGUAAGAACCAACGUGUUUUCGUGUCCGGACGGACUAACCAGGCGACCCACAUACGCCGGCAAAACCACUGGAAUUCCACUCAAUUUCUGGUCACCGGAUGCGGUAUGGCUUCUUCCGUCGAAGAGAACAAAUAUUUUGAGGUUUACCGUACUUAUCUCGGUUGCGCAAACUUCCGAGAUAUGUGUGUACCAAUAUAUGCCGCAUCAUACGAAUGUCUCAUAAGCCGCCGGAUGUGCAUUUCGACCUCCUUGAAAACUUUACGUCACCGGCUUUCGAAUGCAAUUUCUUUUCAAUCGCGAAUGCGCAUAUAUGUUACAAUCUCAUAUUAGAACAUUGCUUUUACUAUUAGAAUAUUG